AUGGAUUGUCUUCCUGAUGAUCUUAUUGCCGAAAUCUUAUCCUUGCUUCCCACGAAAGACGCUGUUUCAACCUCUGUUCUCUCCAAGAAGUGGAGGACUCUGUUUGCUCUGUGUCAUAAUCUUGACUUGGACAAUUCCAUCCUCGGGCAGCGAAACGAUAUUCGAAAAAGUUUCAGUGGUUUUGUAGACAGUUCAUUAGCUAUCCGAGGUGGUAGACAGAUAAAGAAGUUCUCACUUAAAUGUAAUGAAAGCAAUGUAUUGUUACUAUUUUAUAAAGAUGAUCGCUGGAUAUGUAAGGCCCUCGAACACAGUGUCUCUGAGCUUCAUCUACGCAUAGUACCGACUUUUACAGGGAUUAUUGCUAUUCCAGACAUUCCAGACAAAGUCUUCACCAGCACAACACUAGUUAAGCUGUCAUUAGAGACAGGAUCUUUCAAAGAACUUCCUCCGGAUACAUCUCUCCCAGCACUAAAGGUUCUCCUCCUUGAUUUAAUUUGGUUUGAUGGUUAUCAAUUAUUGAAUGAGUUUCUCGCCGCUUGUCCUGCACUUGAAGACUUAACCAUACGUUGUGAAAGGUUUGAUGGACAUUCGUACAUCAUAUCCAGCAAAAGCAUUAAGAAACUCUCAGUUACCAUUAAACCUAGUAGUCAUUAUGAUGAUAGUUGUAGCAUUAUUAAACUUGACACACCCAAUGUUGUCGACCUCUACUACUCUGAUUUUCCUCGGCAAGAAACUCUACACUUUUGUAAUAUAGAUUCACUUGCCAAAGUUACAUUGGACCUUCAUUUAUUAAAAGAUCCCAAUAUGAAAAAGGACGCGGAUAUGACAAAUCUUGUCAGUGGGAUACGCAAAGUGAAGACCCUUCACUUGACUUCUUCUGCUGUUGAGUUUCUUUUGGAAUGCUGCAAAAGUGGACUACCUCUGUUCGAAAACCUCACUGAAUUAGUAUUUGCGAGUAAGAAAAAAGGUUGGAGAAUGUUUCUGCCGCUUCUGCUAGAGCGUUCUCCAAAUCUAAAAUCCCUGGUUCUCUCGGAUCUGCAUUGUUACACACUUGGACGAAGAAAAGCGUUUAUAGGGAUUCAAAUUCCCUCGAAUAACCAAAUAAAGAAGCUUAGGAUCAUGCAAUAUCAUGGAAACGAGAUGAAUCACAUUGGCCAUUUCUUACUGAAAAUGAAGUGUGUUGAAGUGGUCAAAGUCUACAUUGCAGCUGAAGUGGAUGACAUCAAAAAGAAGCAACUCACGGAUGAUCUAUCGAAGCUCUCCACAGCUUCAUCCAAGGUUAAGAUCCAAGUCAUGUGA